UCCUUCCAGAGGCGGCACGGUCUGCCUGCCUGGGGAGGGCAGCUCGGGAGAGGCGAUCGGGCAAAGGUGUAGCCGGUCGCCCCUUCUCCAGAAGCGGGGUGCUGCCUGCCUGCCUCCCUCCCUCCCUCGGCCUCUCACCUGCUCCUGCGGCGCCAGCGGGGCAGAGGCCCCGUCCGGACUCGCCCGGGCUCCCAGCCAACGGUGCGAGGCUCGCCUCCUUCCCACCCAGCGCCCUCGCUCUGCCCGGGAUCGUCCGUGCGCUGCCUUCACCCGGCCUGCCUCUCGCCCAGCGCCCGGGCUGACCAUGCUGGGGACCCGCCGCGACCGGCUGCUCAUCCUACUGCUUUUCGGGGCGCUGCUCAGCGCCGAUUUCUACUUCCACCUCUGGCCCCAAAUGCGGCGCCGCCUCGGUCCGGCCAACACGGCUGAACCACGCUGCUCUUGCCCCGCCGAAGCAGCUGCGGCCGCUGGUCCAAAGCUCCGGACUCGGCCGCCCGCCAGCGCGUCCGCCAACCGGAGCAGCCAGGCCGACCCUUCCAAGCUGAGGCGGCUCUUCGCGCACCCGCUCUACAGCGCUCCCGAGAGGCCGGCAGAGAAGCUGCUCAACGGGCAGGAGACGCUGCGCUACUACCGGCGGAAAAUAGCCCGUUGGAACAGAAGACACCAGGUUUAUAGAGAAGAACGCAACCUAACCAUGGGUUCAGUGGUUCAACUCAGACACGAGGCAAGCUGGCUUCAGUUCCACCUGGGGAUCAAUCGCCAUGCCUUGUAUCCACGGGCUAGCCCUAUGGUUGAUCAACUCCUUAGGGACACACACAGGUUUAGUACUAUCAGUGCUGAUUACAGCCAGGAUGAGAAAGCCUUGCUCGGGGCCUGUGACUGCUCCCAAAUUGUAAAGCCCAGCGGGGUGCACCUGAAACUUGUCUUGCGGUUCCAAGACUUCGGGAAAGCCAUGUUCAAACCAAUGAGACAGAAACGAGAUGAGGAGACUCCAGAAGAUUUUUUUUACUUUGUUGACUUUCAGAGACACAAUGCAGAGAUUGCUGCCUUCCACCUAGACAGAAUCCUGGAUUUCCGUCGCGUCCCUCCAGCAGCUGGUAGAAUGAUUAACGUCACAAAAGAAAUUUUAGAAAUCACAAAGAAUGAAAUUUUACAAAGUGUCUUUUUUAUUUCCCCAGCCAGCAAUGUCUGUUUCUUUGCGAAGUGCCCUUACAUGUGCAAAACAGAAUACGCCGUCUGUGGGAACCCUCACCUGUUGGAAGGUUCCCUCUCAGUUUUCCUGCCUUCUCUCAACUUGGCACCUCGAAUCUCCAUCCCUAAUCCGUGGAUCCGAUCCUACACCUUUGCAGGAAAAGAGGAGUGGGAAGUCAAUCCUCUCUACUGCAAUACCGUGAAGGAGAUUUAUCCUUACAGCAGUGGCAGCCGGCUACUCAAUAUCAUUGACAUGGCCAUAUUUGACUUCUUAAUAGGUAACAUGGACCGUCAUCAUUAUGAGAUGUUUACGAAGUUUGGAGAUGAUGGCUUUUUGCUUCAUUUGGAUAACGCCAGAGGAUUUGGGAAACAUUCCUAUGAUGAGAUCUCCAUCUUGGCUCCACUUAAACAGUGUUGCAUAAUAAAGAAGAUCACUUUAUUACGGCUGAAGCUGUUAGCCAAGUCAGACUACAAGCUGAGCGAUAUCAUGAGGGAGUCCCUCCUUCAAGACAGUCUCGCCCCCGUGUUGACCGAAGGCCACCUUUUGGCAUUGGACAGGAGGUUACAGAUUAUCCUGAAAACUGUGGAGGAAUGCAUAGAGGCCUUUGGAGAAGACACUGUUGUGGCUGACACAAAGCCUUUGGGACCCAUGGCUUUUGACAGAAUGACACAGCCAAGCUAGAGUCAA